AUGGAGCCAAUUACGGGUGACCGCAAGGCAUAUUUCGAAGAUCUCCGCAAGAACCAUAUCCCUCAAUUCUUAUUUCGUACUUGGAGCAGCAACAGCGGUGGAGGAUCAGAACACGCAACUAACAGUGUCAAGGAGAUCAUUCCGCACGGCUUCAUGAAGAAAGCCUCUGGAAGCGGAUUCUACGACAAGCCUGAAAAAGAAGAAUACGGUCCCCACGUCGCAAUCAUGGACACACACCAGCUGGAUGGAGACGUCUUGGUCUGGCAUGUUCCGCACCUGUUCAAGCCCGACGGACUUCAUGAGUACUUGGCUCAUGGACCAAUCAGAGGCAUUAAAUACAAGGCCGUAUCGUACAAGACGUCAAUGUUAGCUGGUCUGGCACAGAUAUUUCCCGAGCUAUUGGAGACCGAUCUGGAUGACUGGGGUAUGAGCUUACGAGACCAGAUGUUCAACGGGCCCCCGAUUCCGCUUCCAAAGGACAACAUUGAGAAAUCUGACGAGAUGAAGCAGAUUCGAUUAAUCGCAAACCUUUACGGCUAUCUUUACUUACUAGUAGCGACUAGUCUGAUGUGUCUUCGGCUUCGACCUUGGUUAGGCUCGCGAGCUGAGGGCGAGGUUGCAUUAGACAAAGUCGCAAAUCUGUUUGCAAAUACGAAGCCAGCCAAGGAUAUUUCGAGGGGUAAUUGGCUUUGCGAAGGUGUUGUACUGACGGAGUCUCCCAUGGGUCCGCACAACUUUCCUGACGUCCGACAGUGGAUCAAACUCCUCCGAGCCAUCUCUGAACGCACAGAUUGA